CUUGGAACGUGAAAAUAUUUUUCCCUUAAAGACAGCUCCUCCUCCUACUCUUCAAUUUAAUUCCGCUUUAUUCUCUCUUCUGAGGUAGAUCCCUCUCUCCCUCUCUCGGCUCCUUGAUAGGCAAGUGUUUAACGAUUCCGAAAUUCCGAACUUUAGAUCCUGAUCUUGUGUUCGAUCACUCUCUUAAUCGAAUUGUUGAAUGUUUGUCUGUUGGAUUCUACGUCCUGAUCUAAGAUUUAGAGCACGAUUUGGUUUCGGAAUGGCUUGAUCUUGAUCAUGAUGUGGUGUUGCCUUAUGGAUCUUCAUAUUAUGCUUAUGUUUUUGCAUGAUUUGAAUCAGACGUGAGAAAAUGGGGCUGUCUUUCACCAAGUUGUUUAGCCGACUGUUUGCUAAGAAGGAAAUGCGUAUUCUGAUGGUGGGUCUUGAUGCUGCUGGUAAGACCACCAUUCUCUACAAGCUCAAGCUCGGUGAGAUUGUCACCACCAUUCCUACCAUUGGAUUUAAUGUGGAGACUGUGGAGUACAAAAACAUUAGCUUUACUGUUUGGGAUGUCGGGGGUCAGGACAAGAUCCGCCCCUUGUGGAGACAUUACUUCCAGAACACACAAGGACUUAUCUUUGUGGUUGAUAGCAAUGACAGAGAUCGUGUGGUUGAAGCUAGGGAUGAGCUACACAGGAUGUUGAAUGAGGAUGAGUUGAGGGAUGCUGUGCUGCUAGUGUUUGCAAACAAACAGGAUCUUCCGAAUGCAAUGAAUGCCGCUGAGAUUACGGAUAAGCUUGGCCUUCACUCCCUUCGUCAGCGCCACUGGUACAUCCAGAGCACAUGCGCCACCUCUGGUGAGGGGCUGUAUGAGGGAUUGGACUGGCUCUCAAACAACAUUGCAAACAAGGCUUAGAUGACACAACUCCAAGUUCGCAAUCGCAGUGAGUGCUGGAAUACUCGGUCUAUAUUUGUUUUGUAUUCUGGAUUUUCCUCCAACUCAUUUUGUCGUCUUUACCUGUCUAAACAUGUUUGUGGUUGCUUUUGCAAACUCUGCCAUUUGUUUCCUGUAGCUUCAGAAUAUUCCGUAAAUUUUCGUUUUCUUGGUGAUUUUUAUUCAAAUAGCAAAGCCCAGUUCUCCUAAA